AUGGCUCUCAUCCACGUUGGCUGCCCGCUCUUCGAUUACCAGACGAUCGACGUCAUUGGACCAUGCGAUCUGCUCAAUACCGCGAGUAAGAUGCUCCUGGAGGGUACCAAUUACUACGCCCCCGUGGAUCCGAAACUACUGGCAAAGGCGCCCGAAUUCGUCUUCCACCAUAUCGGAGAGACCAUGGAGCCGGUGCACCUAAGCUCUGUAACAGUGGUGCCUACGGUCGCGGUGGACGACGCCCCCGAAUUGGAUAUCCUCAUCGUCGGUGGGGAUAACCCUGCGGAAAGCAAGCUUCCUCCGAAAUUGCAGGACCUAAUUCGCCGCCAUGCUGCCUCUGGCAAGUUACUGUUCACGACCUGCACCGGAGCUGCGGUUGUUGCAGCCACCGGCGCUCUAGACGGCAGGAGGGCCACAGUCAAUAACCUCGAGUACAAUUGGAUUAAGAAGAGAUACCCGAAUGUCAAGUGGACAAAGGAGAAGAAGUGGAUUGUUGACCGCAACAUUUGGACUGGGAGUGGAGCUGUGGCGGGGAUGGAUAUGGUCGCCCACUGGAUCAAAGAGACUUAUGGGCUGGACCUUCUUAUUGAGGCGGCAUUGUCGCUUGAUUAUGAACCACGGGAUGUUGACGGACUUUACAAUGUUCUGCCCCAGCGAUACGAUUCGACUGGAAACAAGAUUUCCACCCAUGUCUUUCCCGACGAGAUCUGA